GCAGUAGUGUCAGUGUUUUCUUCGGGUAUUUCCCGAUUGUGUUGCAGAUACAGUGUAUUUCGUGUAAAAAACCGUGUAAGUCGUUCAAGGUGCCUUUUUUUGAGACUCUAAUCGAGAAACCUCGUCAUGGCGUCAAGCGAGGUGACGAAGCUUCAGCAGCAUUUGACGCUGCUAAAGGAGGAAUACAGCAAACUUCAGAGUCAUUGUGCGGAAGUUGAACGCAAGUAUACGUUGGUGGCUGCAUCGGCCGGUGAUCUGAGUGAGACUAGCUUCGUUGCUCGACUUCUAAUGACAGUAGCCACACUUUAUGGCCGAGACACAUACUCUGACAUCUCGAUAAAACUGCAGAGCAAGUCCAUGCCAGGACAUAAAUUUGUUCUGAAUGCACGAUCGGAUGAUUGGAAUGAAGAAGCAUUAAAAAAUCUUGAUGAGCUUGAUUGGUCAAACCUGCCAGAUGAUAUUGGAGCUGCUCUCCUCAAAUGGCUUUACACAGAUGUUGUGGAUCUUACAAGAGGGGAUACAUUUGCAAUGCAACUAAUGAAGUCUGCUGCAAAUUUUAAAUUGCAUGGUCUGGUGAAUAAGUGUGAACAAGCUCUUAUCACCAAUGUUGGUGUAAGAACCUGUGUAAAAUUUUAUUCAGCUGCUGAUGAAAUUGGUGCUAGUGCACUGAAAGAACACUGUUCUGGACUUAUAUCAGCACAUUGGGAUGACUUGACAGGUGAAGACUUCGCUCACAUGUCAUCAGCUCUGCUAUAUCGCAUGUUGAAAAGCAAAACGUCACAGCCUCUGCAUGGCGCAGUUCGUCUAUUGAGGGAAGAUGUCGUCUUCCUCUGCCUAGUAGAAAACCACGCUAAUUUAACGGACAUAGUGAACGCUAUGUCGUCCCGUGGCGAGUUGCCGUUGGAGUUGGCGUUGCGUGGACGCAGUGCCUCCAUCGCCACCACGUUACUUCAACACUGCGCCGAUGCGGACUCACGUGGACCGAGAGGACGCACCUUGCUGCAUAGAGCGGUCGACGCCAGAGACGCGUUCUCCGCUAAAUUUCUCAUCGAAAAUGGAGCCGACCCAAACCUUACUACGAAAGAGGAGGGUGACACAGCGCUUCAUCUCAUAGCGGCUCUUACGUCCAGCUCAUGCGACGAGGACACUAUGGAGCAGAUGGCGGAAAUAUGCGAGACCAUGAUUGAGAAAGGAGCAGACCUAAACAGACAGAAUAGAAAAGGAUUCACUCCUCUACACCAAGCAGUGAUAGCGAGGAAUCAGAGGAUAUUCGAUAUAUUAUUGAAACAGUCCACAUUGGACACAAACCUUCGAACCAUUGCCGACGAACAUCCGCCCUUGUACUACGCUCUAGUAGACGACAGGCGAGCGUCAAUAUCCUCCAGCGAAACUUUAGUCAUGAACGGUUCGAAUCCUUUCGAUACACCGGUGACGAACAAAAACGCCUUUGCUGAGGAUCCAGUGGAAGGCAAGAAUGAGACCAUUGUAGAGCGCGGCUUCGCAGCUAAACUGCUGCAAAAAGGUUGUCAGCCGAAUCCGGUGUACUCGGGCUCUGGUGACAGCCUACUACAUAUUUUAGCUCAGGGAUGGUUUGAGGACUCUGCAGUAUUCCUCGCCACUCAUUUGAACGGCGAACUGAAUCACACCAAUGAGGCGGGCAUGACGGUUUUACACGCGGCGUGUUCCAAUGGACUCGCUAGACUUACUACGGCGCUGUUGGAACACGGUGCGAGGCCCAACGUACAGACUUCUUAUGGGGAACAGGAGGACACUGUUUAUAGGCAAACGCCCCUCCAUUUGGCCGUACUGAAUAACCAGGAAGGGGCGGUGCUAGCAAUAAUAGAGUUUAAGAAACAAGUGGAGAAGGGCGAGUUUUCCUCGACCGAUCGCAGCAACGUCAGUCUGGUGCCUAACUUCAAUCUGAAAAACUCUGAGGGUGACACGCCGGUCAGCCUCGCACUCUCUGAAGGUCACAAGAACCUGGUCAUGCCUCUCAUCGAGGGUGGUGCUGAUCCCAACAUUCGCAAUGGAAAAGGAUUUACUCUACUGCAUCAAGCGAUAGUGGAAGAAGACUCAAGGACAGCUAUUUAUUUGUUAGACCAUGGAGCUGAUAUGGACGCACUAACUGAAGCAGGCGAGACGCCUCUACAACUGUCCAUACACUGCCGACUGGGUUUAGUGGUGGAAGCGUUGUGCGUUCGAGGCGUGGAUAUGAGCAGACUAGACGCGAAUGGAGUACCACCUUUGUGGGCGGCAUUGGAUUCUGGUCAAGAAGAAGUUGCCAGUAUAUUAGUGAGAAACGGUGCAGAUGCCGACUGUUGGGGCGCUGGGCCUGAUGGCUGUGUUCAAAAUCUGUUGCACAAAGCAAUAGAUGAGAACAAAGAGGCACUCGCGACUUUUCUAAUACGCUCUGGAUGCGAUGUUGAGUCUCCGAGGCGAGCGGGACCCGGCGGUGCGGGCGCCGAUGUUGUGUCAGACGCCCAUACGCCGCUACACUUGUGUUGCACUUGGGGCCUCACUGAGGUCAUACAGACGCUACUGGAGCACGGUGCUAACAUAAACUCGAAGGAUUCCGAGGGCAAGACGCCGUUACACAUAGCUAUAGAGAACCAGCACGCGGCGAUCAUCUCGCUGCUGCUAUCGCAACCGGGCAUAGACCUGUCCGCCAGAGAUAAUAAAGGAGUUUCUCCAUUCGCGGCUGCGCUGACUGCUAGGAAUAAUAAAGCGGCGCAAGCGAUCUUAGAAAAGAACCCAUCGGCUGCAGAACAGGUGGACAAAAAGGGCCGCAACUUCCUACACGUGGCGAUCCAGAAAUGCGACAUGGAGAGUGUGAUGUUCCUUCUAUCGGUUGAAGUGGACGUGAAUUCUCGCGUUCAGGACGCCACACUAGCGCCGCCGUUGCAUCUAGCGGCCAACGCGGGAAAUGAGGUUUUGCUGAGAAGCCUUCUAUUGGCCGGCGCGAGACCCAAUGACAGAGAUGCUCACAAGCGCACAGCCCUCCACGUAGCAGCGGGCGCCGGCCACGCUACCAUAAUCAGCGCACUAGCCAGCGGCGGCGCAGAGUGCGGCGCAGUAGACGCGAGCGGCGACACCGCGUUGCACGUGGCGGCGCGCGACGGUCACGCGGCCUGCGCGCGCGCACUCCUCGCCGAGACUGACAUCGACGCGGCCGCCACCAACCUCAAGGGUCGUAACCCGCUACACGAGUUGUGUUGGUGUAAAAAAGAUAACGCAGCGACUAUAUGCGAAAUAUUCUUGGAAUUUAUGCCAGACUACCCCAUAAAUAGGACAGACUUACAGGGAAAUACUCCGCUUCUAUUGGCGUAUAUGAACGGGCAGGGCGCAAUGUGUCGCGCUCUAGUCCGCGCCGGUGCUUGUUUAGCGCAAGAGAAUAAGGACGGCGUUUCUAUAUUCAACUACCAGGUGGCGACUAAGCAACUACUGCAUCGGUUACUGGACGCCCUACCGGCUGAAGCGCCGUGGGCGGAGAGCGAUCUCUGCCAGGAGUGCGGCACCAAGUUCACACUCACCAUGAGGAAGCAUCAUUGUCGUCACUGUGGUCGUAUGCUAUGCAACAAAUGUUCGAGUCAAGACGUCCCCAUUUUGAAGUUUGGUAUGAACAAACCGCAACGGGUCUGUGAGAUUUGCUUCAACGUACUUCAAGUCGGAGCCAGUUAGUAGUCCACCGAUCGCUACUCUGAACCAAGACCCUUAUAGAACGCCUUGGCACCAAGCCCCCAACAGAACGCCUCGGCACCAAGCCACCAAUAGAACGCCUCGGCACCAAGCAACGGUGAGCUUGGUCCAUUAUUUCAGUUUAGUAUCGGUUAACAUGUUUUACCUAUAUGUACGUAAUUAAUGUAACAUUUUAACAGUACGAAUUUCGACUACGGGGCCGUUCAAGUAUUACGUAAGCACUAUAGGGGGGCAGGGGGGUCUUUGCUUUGCUUAUUUUUGAUGUCAUAGGGGGGUAGGGGGUCGAAAUAGUGAUUACGUCAGCAUCAUGGAUUUUGGUGUCAUGGACUGAAGACCUUAGAGCUAAGCUGAAGACUUAAUUGGAAUUAAUAUUUAUACCAAAAAAUCGGAAGAAGUUUGUUUUGUUCGUAAUAGUACUUAAUAAGAUUUAACCUUACUCUAUGUUGAAUACUGUGUUAAUAAAGUUUGUUUAAAUGAAUACUAUGUGCGUUAAAGUCCUCUAUCCUAAGCCUAUUAAAGCCUAUUUUCUCAUGAAGCUCAUGAAUGAAUAAAAAAAACAGAAAACAUCAAAGGAAAAAUGCAUAUAGAGAUACCAAUGUUUACGUAAGCACGGGAGGGUGGGGUAAGAGCUUUGCUUACUUUUGCUGACAAGGGGGAGGAGGGGGUAAAUAAUUGUAGUAAAUCUGCUGACGUAAUACUUGAACGGCCCCUACCUUGUUUUUAUUUUGUUUACAAUUUUUAUUUUUCGAUUAUAUAAUUUAUAUCAACGUGUAAACUAUCCGAUAUGCUUUUACUACACGAUUUACAAAUUGUGCGAUAAUAGAUCUUAUUAAUUCUGACUUUGAAACGAAAUCCUUAGAAAUGGACCCAUAAGAUAUAAUUUACCUAUUCAAUAUUCCUACAGUUGUCAUGUCUUGUUUAAUAUUCCUUGGAUUCUAGAUGUUUCACUAUAAUGUAUAUUGUAGUCGAUAUUUGUACGAAAACUAAACAAGAAUGCUUUUGUUUUUCGGAAAGAUAAUAUGUCACAAUAGUAAGAUGCUAAUAUGUAAUGUGAAACACUUUUCUUUUAGAGUAUAGAUAAACUAUAUAAUAUGUAACUUACAUAUUGCAGUUGAUAUGUAAACACUUGCUUUAGUUGUGCUAACAAGUACUUACAAUGAUAAACACCUGCACAUUAUGUUAUCAGUUUUCUUGAGUAAAGUUGUCAAUUUUUACAGUAUUGUAAAAUAAAAUUCAUUACUUUUUUCAAAUUAGAUAUUUAUAGGCAGCCUACAUCCUAAAAUAUUAAAAGUGCAUCAAGAUUCUGUGCCUCAAAAUAUAGCAGUUAUGUAUUAUAAACAAAAACAUGCCAAAGUCUGAUGUUGCUGUUACAGCAUAGAGGUUUUGGACAACUAGUUUUAGGUUAAGUUAUAUUAUAUAACUUUUUUAAAAGCUUCACGUAGAGCAUAUUUACGUAUUUAAACUAUAAUGAACAGUAUUUAUUAAAAAACACAGACGCCCACAGUUGAUGUAAGGGUAGUUACACACUUAAUAAUCGGGCCAGCAUUGUCGGUUUUGCAGUAUUUGUCGAACAUCAAAGCCGACCCGUAGUAAUUACUGCCGAACAUUCAUCUACAAAUAUUUGAUUUUACCGCCCGGCUGUGCCGAUUAACGCCGGCCCGCUUAUGUAUGUAGCUACCCUAAGAGUGCAAUUUCCAGAAAAUACUUUGAAGAUAAUUUCAGCAUUUUAUUUGGAGUUGAUUUAAACAUUCCUUAAAAACUUGUGAUUGUUUGGAAAGUCGAAAAUGAAUACCACCGGAGCUAACUGUUCCGACCGUGUGUACACAGAUGAAUAAUUUGUAUUACCAAAUUAAUAUAAACAAGGUUUAAAAGAACUAUUGUAUAAAUAUAAUAUCACUCAGUUUAGCACCCCAUAUUCAAUUCUAUAGAUGUCUCUUAAACAUCAUCGGCCUAUUAAUAUCACUGCUGAUGCCUAUGUAUGAUGAUUUGAUAAAUUGAAUUUUCGCAAAAAUCCUGGGAUUUUGCGCGAAUAAUUAGGCAAUCGAGAUGACAAUUCUCAACUUUACUGAAAAAAUAUAGGAUUUUUGCGAAAACGCGAGUCGUCUCAGUAAGAUUGCGAAAAGAAUCGUUAACUUAUCACACUAAUAUUAUAAAGGCGAAAAUUUGUGAGUAUGUUUGUUACUUCUUCACGUCUAAACGGCUGGAGCGAUUUAGCUGACACUCUGAAUUAACACAUAGGCUGCGUUUUACUACGGGAAAAUAUCCCUAAUAGAACACCGCGGGACAGCAUAAAUAUUCUCGGGUUUCUGGCUACCUGGGUUCACACUAGGUUAGGUAAGUUGUGAGUAUGACGCGCGAGCCGAGCAAGCGUAGCGAGCAGUGCUGCCAUUUUAGCGCUUUGCGCGCUAGAUCUAGCGCAUUUUUGGUGUGGUUAGCGCCUAUUUCAAAAUUUUAGCGCCUAGCGGAUAAUCUAGCGCUUUUUCAUUUGUGUCGUUGUAGCACUCUAUUGCCGAUUAUUUACGGCCUCGGGAAACCCCUCUAUUAUUUUUUUAUAGCGGAACUACACUUAUCUGUCUUCUUGUGUUGUGACGCGUCAGAGAGGUAUCGGUUUCAUAUAUUUAGUAUGGUUAGAACUAUACUUGUGUGUCGCGAUGUUUCGACACCGUUCUCACUCUAACCGUACUACUAAAUGUAUGAAACCGAUAUAACUGUGUGAUGGUUCACAACACAACACGAUGGAUAAGUAGUAAUAUUGCUGCCAUUAGUUCAUGGUAUUGUUUUCAUUCAUUCAUGUUUAAACUUUGCUGGAAGUUAUAAAGAAAUCAUGUAGUUAUACAUUCUGCGACAGAUUAGGAUUGGGAUAUUAUAUAUGAAAAACAAUUUAAGACAAAAAAUACAUGAAUGGCCAUAAUGAAGCUGGCCCUAUUUAAGCUAUGGAAGAUUAUUUUUGAAUUAAGAUUAAAAUAAAUAUAUUAUUUAUUUUGACGUUUUGGUUGAAUUUUGUCUGUUUUUUAUUUAAUAAUAAAACUGAAAUAAAUUUAGCGCAUAAUCUAGCGCUUUAUUGAAGCACGUUUUUCUUGAAAUCUAGCGCUUUAUAUCGUUUUAGCGCUCAGUCGGAUUUUUGAUCUGGCAGCUCUGGUAGCGAGUGCCGCGACAGCGGCCGGAGAAACACCAUUAAAAAAAUCGUUAAAAAAAAUUGAGCAAUGUCAUCGCCUUUGUCUUAUUAUUCGCGUUUUGCAAAAUCCCAAGGACCCGUGAAAAAUCGAUUUAUCUUAUUCUAUAUUAUUAUUUAUUUAAUCUUCGACGGCACUUACAUUAUGGAUCGGUGGGUGACCACUAUAUCCAAAUAUACUUGAGAAAUUAACAUCGUUUAAGGUCCAUAUUAGCAUGAAGUCAACAUAUAUGAAAUAAUAUAUGAAAGCACAACAACCAAAUUAAAUAAGUCCAAUAAUAUGAACCAUCAGCAAAUAUUGAAAUUCGGUAAAUUUUAUUAUCUUCUUUAAUUGUUAUUUAAGAAUUUAUACAUAAACUUUUGUGUCGAAAGUUAAUGAAAGAACUGAUAAAACAGUAAUCCAACUCUGUGUAUACAUGUAAUAUGGCUGUUUUUGUGAUAAGUAAUAAUUCUAAUUAAACAUUUGUUAAUGUUUGGCUAGUUACUAAAAAAUCUAAUUUUUAUAUUUUAAAUGUGCCAUUUUUAUUUUUCAUCUUGUAUAUUUUACACUGAAAUUUAUUAUGUCACCAUUUAUCUUAUUAUUAUUGUUUCAAAUGUUUAUAUUUGCUAUAAUAAAUAUUGUAUUAAUGCAAAAAGAAAUAUUUUAAUCAUACUGGAAAUGUUGAUUAUUGCCCAAUGUCGUUUUGCUUCAGUUUGAGGUUGGUUUAUCAACUUUUUCUUUGAUCAAGUACAUCAUGUCAAAUCACUGCCCAAAUGUGUAUCAAGCCACGUGCACUGUGGGGCUCCCUAGCUACCCACCAUAAAGUGCAAACUAAUAGGUAGCAUUUCAUUUGAAUUUUAAAUCCCGUAAGUUGCCUUUUCUGUCUGAUACCUUUUUCGAAUGUUGAACACGUAUGGUCAAUAAAAUUCAUACUAGCGCACAGUCCAAGCGCAUCGAUACAGCUUUCAGAAAUGUAACAAAGCAAAUUUUCCCUAUCUUCGGAAAGUAAUGCACAUAUUCCAUCGUAGCUGAUAACGCGCGAAUUCGAGCAUCUUUUUAUCUCAGAAGGAAUAUGUGCAUUACGUUGCUGAGAUAAGG